AUGUCUGGCAUGCGCUACCUCUCGACGCGGGGUGGAGCUGAACGACUGACGUUCGAAGAGGUGGGUAGCUUGUCCGACCUCGCCUUCGCGUGAUCAAUCGCUGACCGCACUGCCCUUCAGGCAGUCUUGCGAGGCCUCGCCCCCAAUGGUGGACUCUACAUUCCUGUGAACCUUCCAUCGAUUCCCGCAGACUGGUCCACACGCUGGCGCAACCUCUCCUUUCCCGCCCUCUCCUUUGAGAUCCUCUCGCUCUUCAUCCCUCCUACUGCAGAAGAGGGAGGCAUCCUGCCAGCCGAUCUGAAAGCGCUGCUGGAGAAAAGCUACAGCGAGUUCAGGGAUCCCAAGACGACGCCGUUGAAGAAGCUCACCUCGUCUGAGAGCGGUAGCGCUCAAGAAUGGUGUCUCGAACUUUGGCAUGGUCCCACGUUUGCUUUCAAAGACGUCGCGCUGCAGACGCUGGGCAACCUAUUCGAAUACUUUUUGCAGAGGCGGAACGCGGGCAAGGCAGAGGGUGAAAGGCAGAAGCUGACCGUUGUGGGUGCCACGAGCGGUGACACUGGCAGGUGAGUUUUGGCGCGCCAACGAUUGCAGAGCCUCUUGUCGCUCAAGCUGCUUCCUUCCUCUAUCAGCGCCGCGAUCGCUGGACUGCGCUCCAAAGCAGACAUCAGCAUCUUUAUUCUGCAUCCAAAGGGCCGAGUGAGCCCCAUUCAAGAGGCCCAAAUGACCACGGUGCUCGACGACAAUGUGCACAAUUUGGCUGUCGAGGGAACCUUUGAUGAUUGCCAGGUACGUGUUUGCGGGGCACGUGGAGUGGGAUGCGUAGCUCACGUCCUUCGCACGCCGCCAGGACGUCGUCAAAGCGCUCUUUUCGGAUGCGCAAUUUAAUGCCAAGCACAGGCUCGGAGCGAUCAACUCCAUCAACUUUGCUCGCAUCCUCGCACAAAUCGUCUACUACUUUAGCGCGUGGUUCCAACUCUUGCAACAGACAGGCGAAGCAUCUCCCGACGUAGAGUUUGUCGUGCCGACUGGCAAUUUUGGAGACAUCUUGGCGGGCUACUACGCCAAGAGGAUGGGCCUGCCAAUCACAAACCUCGUCGUUGCCACCAACGAAAACGACAUUUUGCAACGCUUUUGGUCCACUGGCGCGUACGAAAAGGAGGCCACUGGGCAUGCCGGGGCUUCUCAGACUGAGCCCGCGCAAGGAAGCUCAGACGGCGCUCAAGCCGGCACGGCAAAGGAUGUGAGCGGUGUCAAGGCUACCCUGAGCCCAGCAAUGGAUAUCCUGGUCAGCAGCAACUUUGAAAGGUUGCUGUGGUACAUUGCCUCCGAAACCGCUUCCGGAUCAGACAGAGAAGCCGACGCGGGCAAGCAGUUGGCACAGUGGAUGAAGGAGCUCAAGGAGCAGGGCAGGUUCCAGGUCGACAAGAACCAGCUCGAGGUUGCAAGGAGAGAUUUUGAGGCUGAGCGAGUCAGCGACAAGGAGGUGAGUGUGGGCACGCGAGAGAGCGAGCCGGACUGCGCCUCUGACGCUAGCCCUCUGACCCGCAGACCAAGGAGACGAUUCUGCGCUACUUUAAUGCACCUCCCUCCUACCUCAUCGAUCCGCACACGGCAGUAGGAUUUUGCGCAGCCAACCGCCUCUCGGCUCGUCGAGCAGGCGCCAAGCAUCAAGUGGUGCUGUCCACAGCGCAUCCGGCCAAAUUCAGCGAAGCAGUCACAUCGUCUUUGGAAUCUGCGGGUGCAUCUUUCGACUUUGAGCGAGACGUCUUGCCAAAGGAAAUGCACGGUUUGCUUGAAAAGGAGAGGCGCGUCAGAGACGUCAAGCUGGCCGAUGCUGACUCGCAAAGCGCGCCAAAGGUAGAGAGACUGGUGGAGGCGACCAAAAAGGUCAUUGAGCUGGAGGCAGGAAAGGUCUCUGCUGCGCAAGGCAAGGGUACCGAAAGCGUGUAG